AUGGAUAUCGAUGUACUGGCCGGUGGUGUCCAGACAUUGAAGAAAAACGGCUACAAGAUUCUGAGCGAUCGCGCGUUCAUGCGCAGCCUCCGCUCUUUCGAUAUUGUGGACAUUGAAAUCAAUGACCCGGCGAAAGCCAAACAGACUGAUACAACGCAACGAUUCCGUUUCGCACUGUUGACAGUAGCCGGUAACCGACUUCCGACGAAGGUCGAAUUCUCGCGACGGAAUCAUAGCGCGGCAGGCGAGGCCGAGACAGCGCUGAUCGACACGGCGAUUGCCCGCGCCUAUCGAAAAUUGUCCUAUCGCUGUCCGCAUUACACUGGUUCGGCUGCGGUGAUUCAAAAAUUGCGGGCACUGGCUGGUCGACCUGUUACACAAGCAAGAGACGUAUUUGAUCUCGGUAUCCUGAUCCAGGGUGGGUAUAGCCCACCGGCGCCGUGGUCAAAACUGUUGACCCAUAUUGAGUACGCGACAGCGCUGGAUUGCUUGAUGAGUCUUGAGUGGGAGGACUACGAGGGACAAGUCGUGGAGUUCCUGGAUGACGCUAGCCGUACAGAAUUUGGUGACAAGUCGGCCUGGGAAAUUCUGCAAAACCAGGUAUUGAACGAACUCGAGACCAAUGACUGA